AUUUUGUGACAGAAAACUAGUUAGACCUCAAUACCCAGAAUGCACUUCGCCCUUGCCAUCUUGUCGAGUGGUUGGGUUAGGAGAGCGGCAGGCAGCAGUUAGCUACGCGUUAGCUUUUGGCUCCUGUGGUAAAGUGGUUAUCUGUCAGCUAGGAGCAGCUGCCAAAAGUGAGUCAUCCACGCGACGAGAAGCACAACUUCACAGAUUUCAAGACGUGUUCGCUGUCCAGCGCUGGAUUAUUACACUCUUUUUCUGAAAGCCAACGGGUUUGUUUACAUCAUGAAUUCAAACAUGCUUGUACUGAGGUUGGGGGAACUGGCUAACAUCGGCUAACUUAGCUAGUGGGUGAGCUGAGAGAGAAGAGUGGGCUACGAUACCGGGCCCGCCUCAGACUAAAGUACCGGCGGCAGCUGCUCAAACACCAACUUUGACAAGGGCCCCGUUGGCAACUCCGCUCUCGGGACAGAGCCAAGGCCGACCGGGUGUCAGAGAGGCCGGGGAUAGGAGCACCAGUCACCCGUCUGCUGGGGCCGGACACCGCGGAACGUUACGGGAGUUCUUUAGGGGGGGGUCUCUGGCUUCGGUGACACUUUUCUCCGACAAGACUGAGGAAGAGGUACGAAAUGAAAACGUCCUGUGAUUGUACGUGUAUGUGUCACAUCCCUCAGCUGUGAAGUACGUCCCGGGACAUUAAGUCCAGCGCUUUAGUUUUCAUCUGGAAGAAGACGAAGACUUUACGCUGGUAGUACAACAUGUCGAAAAUGCCGGCGAAGAAGAAAAGCUGUUUCCAGAUCACGAGUGUAACGCAGGCACAGGGGGAUCUGGGCAGUCCGGACGACACGACCGAAAGCCUGGACGAUCCGGAGGGACUCCUCCAGGACCCCUCCGGAUUCGACGCUUGUCCGGCGGACCCCGGGACCUGCGAGCGGAGUUCAUCCGAGGAAACGUUCAACAACGCCGGGGAGCCUCCGGAGGGUCACCCGAAUACCACGGCCCCUGUCAACGGGGGACUCUCUUAUAAAAGUACUGGCACCGGUUUUGCCCCUGCACAUCAUACAGCUGCAUCUCAUCCCUUUGUCCCGAGCCCGGCCACCCAUCCGUCUGUCGUCCACACGGUCACUGCUGCCACCAACUCCACCGGCGUGGCUCCCGCAGCUCCCGUGAGCACCAGCUGCAGUUCCCGCUUCAGGGUCAUCAAGCUGGACCACGGUACCGGAGAACCCUUCAGACGGGGCAGGUGGACUUGCACCGAGUUCCACGAGAGGGAUUCAGAUUCGAAUGUGAAUAGAACUUUGGAUGGCAUGAAGCCAGCCGUAACCCAUGAUCACAGCAUAGACCGGGACAGUGGGCUCGGGCCCGCCAGCAACUCUUUGGUCCCCAGCAGUGCUUUUUCCACACAGACUUUGGAGAACGCCACGGACAGUGGCUACUCCGGCGCGCACCCUCACCCUCCGGAGCCUUCGCAGCAAGGCUACGGCGUGCCUCCUCAGUUAAGCGGAGGAGCGGCGAGUGCCUUCCAGCCCACCGGGUACGCGACUGCAGCAUCACAGGGGCAGCAGCAGGCCCAGGUCAAUGUGCAACCCGUUGCCCCCCAGAACUUCCUCUCAAACAGCCUCAAUGGUGCCGUGCAUCAGAAUACUCCCGUUAUGCCUCCUGCCACGCAGGCCCAGCAGUUUGCCUAUUCUACUCACCCCACUGGCCACUCCACUGGUCAGCCUGACUACAGCCAGCAGCACUUUGUCUCCAGCACUCAGAGCCUUCCUAUGUCUGCUUUCCCUGGUGGAACACCAACUAGCCAGGCACCGUCACCUCUAAUCACCGCUCCUGCUCCAGGAGCCCAAGCGGCCGGCAGUGAGGCAGCCUCAGCCCAGGGUCUCCUUCUGCACGCAGGAAAUGCAUCAGCCAUGGCGCCCACCCUCCCCGGAAGUGGCCCACAGCAGCACGUGGGCCAGACUCAGCCGUCAGGAGGGUCAGGCACAGCCCCCGCACCUUCCACCGCCGCUCGCGGUCCAGACGCACCGACCGCAGUGCCCAGCACCACCGACACCCCUCUGGGCGUGCAGAGUCAGACGCCCGGCACAGGACCUGUCGCGUCCUUAGGAUUCAACGGAGGAGCAGCGACAGGCCUUCCCUCCGUCUUCAGUAACCAGACGGGGCAUAGCCGGCAGACGUCCGAUGGCCAUCCUCUGCCCGGUGCCAUUGUGUUCGCGGGCAAAGAUGGUGUGAAGCCAUUCAUCGGCGAGGGCUUCAACCUGCCCAGUCCUGGUGUCAACAGCCUGUUUGGUAUCCAUAUUACAAUGGAUGUAGAUGAUGACAGUGCAUCUGGCGCCAGCGUCGUCGCAAUUGAUAACAAGAUCGAGCAAGCCAUGGACUUGGUGAAGAGCCACCUGAUGUAUGCGGUUCGCGAGGAGGUGGAGGUGUUGAAGGAGCAGAUCAAGGAGCUAUACGAGAGGAACUCUAUGUUGGAGCGUGAAAACGCCGUGCUCAAGUCGCUGGCCAACACGGAUCAGCUGGGCCAGGUCUCCAGUCAGCUCCACCAGGGCGGCAGCACGCCCCCAUCGCUGCAGCAGCACCCGCUCGUCGUCAUCGACAACAACAACGGCCCCUUCGCUCGCCACGAAGGGGGCCAGAGCGCCCCCUAUCAUCCCAACAUCACCUCGGCGUGAACCCAGUUACACGCGCUCAAACGCACACUUUUCACUGUCGGGAGUGGAAGAUCCUGUCAGCAAAGACACCAACUGCUGCCGUCCCCUUGGCUUCAUAAAGCGACCGGCUCGUCUCUGUGUUCAGUGUGCUCCAUUUGAGGAGAUCACCAAACAGCAAAAUCUUUGUUUGCCACCGAGCGCCGCGCUUCGAGGUUCGCUUGCCGGGCUUGUCUCCGGGCUUCACGUUAUUAAGAUAUCAACCAAUCCCUUCAGAAACGUCUUACUGGGUGCCGGUGGUGGGCUGCAAGAAGAGGAGGGAGCAGGCGAGUGGGUGCACACCAUCCAACUGCCUGUUGUGGAUGCAGGAGGACAAGGGGUCAAAGGGCUCUGGGAAGGUUUUUUUGGUGGUGGUAAGGGGCGGUUCAACUGCACAACAGGGACAAGGGUCCUGUGACAUCCACCAGGCUCCGUCCUCCAAGGACCCUUAAUCCCCCCGUCGCUCCCCGGCUGGAAGGCCAGGGUGCCUUGGGAGAGGACCCCCCCCCCUGAGAGUAGCAGGAAGCCAUGCGGGUGCCUCGGCUUGGGAGUUGAGAGCCUCGGCUCAUUAUGCUGCAACAAAAAGCUUGUUGUCUUCUCAGAGCCACCAUACUUUGACAUGAAUCAUACCCCCCCCCCCCCUUUAUUUCAGUUUUAGUAUUUGAAUUUAUUUAUUUCAGGGCUGCUAUUUUCAUAAUGUAACUGAACAAUGUCAUGGAUAUACUUAUUAACAAAAAACCUUUUUCUCUUUGGUCUUUUUGGUCUUUUAGAAUCUGUCAGGUAUUACAUUUGGUUGUCUCAUUCAACAACUAGAUCUCAAUAAAGUAGGCAAUAAGUUCCAGUAUAGAAAUGUUGUUAUCAUGAAAUAGUGCUAACACUAAAGCUGAGUUUAUAUAUUGGGUGAAAUCCAGGUUGAAUGUAUAUUUUGUAAGUAUAAAGAGAAAGUAGGGUUUGUACAGGAGAACACCUGUUUGUGAUGGGAUAUUCCGAUAAAGAAAUCUAUUAAUUUACUUUUUUUUCCUAGUUUUUCAGUCAAAAUGAAAUACAGAAAUGAAUUAAGGGGUUUGGUCUGGGAGAUGAAAAGCUGUGAAAUGGUUCGACCUACUUUAUAACCAAAGACGCGAAGCUGUGGAAGUCUUUUUUUUUUUUUUUUUUAAAUGCACAACCUUUUUUCCUAUUUUCCCUACAUUUUCUUUUUUGUUGCUCUUUUGCAUGUUCUGCAUGAUCUAUAAUCAAACCUAUUUCUUACCUCAUGUUUUUAUUCAGCACUCUUAUUUUGUGUGAAGUUGUCCGUCUGAAUGAUUGGGAAAGAAGGAACAACGGUCAGAGGGUCGAGUAGUCGAGGUGUUUGUCAGAGAAGGAGCUGCUUUUUUUCUGCUUUCAUGUCGAUGCCGUGGCAACUUUCCCACGCAGAGAAAUGGUUUUGUUACAUUGCAGAUUUUAAUGUAUUUAAUGAAUGCAACAUAUAGAUUUCGAUUGUAGUUUACCAACACUUUGCUUACACAAAAAUAAUAUACGGAACAAGACGAUGGAAACUAUUAAACUUUUCGCCCUUUAAAAACGUGUGUGUGAGGAUAUUCUGGGAUGUCUGUGUCGUGUCUUUCGUGCCUCUUGUUCUGCCGUACCGCACAGCGAUUCGGUUUCUUCCUUUGUGGCUUAGAACUAAACCAAAAUGCUUGGUCAUCCUUUCUACAGGAUCGACUGGUUUUCUUUUUCCCCUUUUUUUUUGUUGCAAACUGGCUUAGUUCUUUAGAGUAUUCUUUUGUUUUUCUUUCAUUUGAAGGAGAUGGUGUGUACAUGCCAAGUGUACUGUAUGAAAGUGAUCACUGAGCCUUGGAGAAAAUCUUAACAAUGCCCUUGUAAUGUGCUGUUCAGACAAUUUUAGUUUUCAGUCAAAAAUAAAUUACUGUUUUAUUA